AUAUCAUUGAAGUGCUUUGCUUAUUUCUUCUUUUUUUUUUUCUCCUUAGAUCUGUUCUGAGGACCAACAUUCAUUUGGGGGAUGGUUACAGAAUUGAAGCAUGGACUUCUUUCUGAUGAAGCAGACAGUUCAGGAUACAGAGUCCAAGGAUGAACGUUCACCGUGGCAGUGAGAGCGACAGGUUAUUGCGGCAGGAGGCCAGCUGCCUGACGGAUGAAGCCUCAGCUGCAGCCCAAGAAAAAGAAACAAAUAGCCUGGGUUCUUCUGGUCUUCAAACUCUUGCUUAUCCUCUAGGUCCCAGGAAUGAUGACCUUUCAUUUGACUAUGCCUCUCAGCCAGCAAACCUUCAGUUCCCGCACAUAAUGCCACUUCCUGAAGACAUCAAAGGCUCUUGCUGCCAAAGUGGGAAUAAACGGAACCAUGAACCCUUUAUUGCUCCAGAACGAUUUGGAAACAGCACUGUGGGCUUUGGCAGUAAUAUUCAUUCCCAGGCACCAGAGAAAGUGACACUUCUUGUAGAUGGCACACGUUUUGUUGUGAAUCCACAAAUUUUCACUGCUCAUCCAGACACCAUGUUGGGAAGGAUGUUUGGACCAGGAAGAGAGUACAACUUCACACGGCCCAAUGAGAAGGGCGAGUAUGAGAUUGCUGAAGGAAUCAGUGCAACUGUAUUUCGAACAGUGCUGGAUUAUUACAAAACUGGUAUUAUCAACUGUCCUGAUGGCAUCUCUAUCCCAGACCUUAGGGAUACGUGCGAUUAUCUCUGCAUUAACUUUGACUUCAACACUAUCCGAUGUCAGGAUCUGAGUGCUUUGCUGCAUGAACUGUCCAACGAUGGUGCUCACAAGCAGUUUGAUCACUACCUCGAAGAGCUGAUCCUGCCCAUCAUGGUGGACUGUGCCAAGAAAGGCGAGCGGGAGUGCCACAUCGUUGUGCUGACCGAUGAGGAUUCUGUGGACUGGGAUGAAGACCACCCCCCACCCAUGGGGGAGGAAUAUUCCCAAAUUCUUUAUAGCUCUAAGCUCUACAGAUUCUUCAAGUAUAUUGAGAAUCGGGAUGUCGCUAAAACAGUGUUAAAGGAGCGGGGCCUGAAAAACAUUCGCAUUGGAAUUGAAGGUUACCCUACCUGUAAAGAAAAAAUUAAGAGAAGACCUGGUGGCCGAUCUGAAGUAAUCUAUAAUUACGUGCAGCGCCCCUUUAUCCAGAUGUCGUGGGAAAAGGAAGAAGGAAAGAGUCGCCAUGUAGAUUUCCAGUGUGUUCGAAGCAAAUCCCUCACUAAUCUGGUAGCUGCUGGAGAAGAUGUCUUGGAGGACCAGGAGAUACUAAUGUACCACCCACCCCAAGUAGAUGAACUUGACCGGCUAAAUGCCCCACUUUCUCAGAUGGCCUCUAACGACUUUCAGGAUUAGGGCCAGCUGUGGGUCCACCCCUCUUCAGAGCCUUUCUGUCUGGGAUGCUCACAGCCAGUUCUCCCCAUGGUUUGUCUCAUCCCGAGUAGGAGACAUGCUUCUCCCUCAUCCUUUUCCCUUUCUCCCAUAAUCAACGUGUGUCCUUUUCAGUAAAUCUGUGCCUCCGGCAGAGGAUGACAAAGCACUCACUGGUAAUUAAGAUACUAGCUUUAUAGCAGCCUUGGUAACUUGAAAAAUUUGGGUCUGGUGCUGUUCACUGAGUCUUUGCAUAACUGCAAAAGCAGGAAAGGAAGUCAAGAAAUCCUGUUGCCUCAUAUUCAGCAAAGCAGUCCUCGUCCCUUACACUCUGUUCUUGGCUUUUGUCUGUUUUGUUUUGUUUUAUACCAGGCAAAUUACUUAGUAGCAAAGGGACCAAACUUAAAAGACAAUCUCCAUCUUCCACAAGCAGGCACUAACGGGAUGCUCAUUAGAGGUUAGGGAAGAGGCCAUUCCUGGGGGCCUCUGUGCCCAGGUUGCACCUGGAAAGAACUGGGCCCUCAUUCAAAAUGUCCAAGAGGAAAUUUCUAAGAGCUUAAAUUCAGUUCUGUUCUUCAUUAAUGCAAUGAACAAUCCAAAACCACACAGAGAGAUUCUUUGACAGGAAGGAUAAUGGCAUAACAAUGUUUAUGAAACCUUUUUAGCUUCAAGGUUUCUGAGCCUAAACAAAUUGAUUAUUCAUUUGGAAUGAAACUUACAACUCAAGUAGAACCUCUCCAAAUCAGGCCACUUGGAUUAUCUUCUCUUGGAAUCUGGUAUGAAGCCCAUAGGUCGUCACCCUAGGGCAGCAUGUUGCUGUGGGUGUGGCUGGGAGACCUUAGAUGUGGCUUAAAGGCUUUCAAGAUGUGGGCAGAAUUUUCUCACAAGUGCUCAGUUUCUCAAUAGAAAGACUUAUAAGAGCUCCAGGGAGGGGGCAUUUGGGCUGAAACUGGGUGGGAAAACAUCACCUGCUCAGGCUUUUUCCUGGCGCAGGAUUUUUCUUUGUAUAUUUUUUUCAUACUAUGGAAUGUUUCUGGGUAUCAAGAUAUUUCAGUUUUUGAAAUAGCCUAUCAACUGCUCACAGUGGGUAAGAAAACCAUAGUGUCAUCCCCAAAGGAAGGAUGAGUUGAAGGGAAAUUAGGCCUAGUAAUUUUGUUUGAUCUGUCAGCUCUGUGUUAACAGUGCAUGAUGUAUGACAACCCAGCUCACUCUCCCCAGUCCCCCCAGUACUGAACCACCUUACCUGAUGUCCCCAUGGCUAUUAACAGCAGAGCAAAAUUUAGAGUCUAGAGCCAGAUAUAAGUAUCUUGAGAUUAUCUCCCAUUUUGCUGUAGAGGUUGGCCUUCCAGGCACCUACCCAGAGCAUUUACUCAUCACAAAUUAUGAAGAGACACGUAGUUUCCUUCAAGUUCUUUCAGAUAAGAACGUGACUGGUUUUCUUCAAUUCCAUUCCCAUGAGAUACGGUAAGGCAAGCUACUUGAUUGCAUUUUUAUGACUGCCCUAGUCACAGUCCUCCAAAGGUAAAGUUAGAUGGGUGUUGAAACCUACUGUUUGCAGGCUUGAAGAACAAGAGUGUUCUUAGGAAGUGGGUUCUCUGUGCAUCAGCAUCACAGUGGAAAUCAGUGCUCUGUUCCUUACUCAGAAAUAGUAGUAGUAAGGGGUUAAAACUGAGCCAUCUCCCACCUGCAGAGUUCUUCUGAUUACCAUUGGCAUCCAUUGGUAAGGCUGAUGGCCAGGGUUAAGGUUUAGGGUUAUUUUGUAGCCAGAGGGUAGUUUUACUUCUGUGAAACUAAUUGGCUCAUAUUUGAGGUCAGGUUUGGCUUUGACCUCACCAGUACUAAAUUCAUACAUUCAACUAGUAGUUGACUAGCCCUUGUAAUUGUUUAAUGGUGCUUCCUUUACACUUUUCAGUUGACUUCCGUGCCAUCACAAAGGAAAUCUGAAUUAACUAUGUAGUUUCUGACAUUAAUACAGCUUACAUAUUGUUAACAUUUAAGUAUAAACGUGCUCCAGCUAACACUCUAAAACUACUUAGUCCUUGCUUGGGU